AUCUUGUUUGUGCUGUGGGGAAAGCCGCGCAAGCCUUAUUCAGUUUUUACAAGAGGCUUUGGGGAAACUCGAUAGCUCUGUUUCUGGGUGUGCCACAAGCCGACUUUAGCUUCCGCACCCGCUUCAUUGUGGCGAAUCUGCCGCUGCGGAAGGUGGCUAGCCCCCGAGAACCCCACCGAGAAGCUUGUGGAAUCUGCUGUGGAAAGAAGGACGCGAGGGUUGCUCGGGGAGCCACUGUCAUGGCGUCGGCUACCUCCAGGGCCGGGGGCUCGGCGCCUGAGGCGGCGGCUUCGGCCGAAACCCCGCUGCAGUACAGCCUUCUUCUGCAGUACCUGGUGGGGGACAAGCGUCAGCCCCGGCUCCUGGAGCCUGGGAGCCUGGGCGGGAUCCCGAGUCCGGCCAAGAGUGAGGAGCAGAAGAUGAUCGAGAGGGCGAUGGAGAGCUGCGCUUUCAAGGCUGCGCUGGCCUGCGUGGGAGGAUUUGUCUUGGGAGGUGCAUUUGGGGUGUUUACUGCCGGCAUUGAUACCAACGUGGGCUUUGAUCCCAAGGAUCCUUACCGUACGCCGACCGCAAAAGAAGUUCUUAAAGACAUGGGGCAGAGAGGAAUGUCCUACGCCAAAAAUUUUGCCAUUGUGGGCGCCAUGUUUUCCUGUACUGAGUGUUUGGUAGAAUCUUACCGGGGAAAAUCGGAUUGGAAGAACAGUGUCAUUAGUGGCUGCAUCACUGGAGGAGCCAUUGGUUUCAGAGCUGGCUUAAAGGCUGGAGCCAUUGGUUGCGGAGGUUUUGCUGCUUUCUCUGCUGCAAUUGAUUAUUACCUGCGGUGAACUAACCGCCUGCGGGGAAGGAUGACGCCAGCCCCAGAUCAGAGCUGGGAGAACAGUUUCUGUACUGCUCCAGGGCCUUGGCUUCAGGGACUGAAGACAUUUGUGUUCCCUCAUAUAGUUGGUUUUGUGAGGGAGCUGCCUGGCUGCUCUUUGCCUCCAGCCUUCGAAGCAACCACCCUCUGCUGCUCUUGGACUCCAGCCAGGUGUGGCAGGGGAUGUGCCCUGUCAGAGCCUCUUCUAGAGCAGAUCAGGAGACAGUGCAUCGAUCUGCAGGCUCAGUCCUGACCACAACUGGCCCUCUAGGUUGUUCCGUGCUGUGGGCAGGGCUGACCGCAUCUCUACAUGUACCCAGGAAGCACCAGGCAACCACCCAUCUCACAUACCAGGGCAGGGCAAGGCACAUUUAUGCCAUUCAGCCAAUUACGUUGUUUGUUUUGUGUUCUGCCAUCCCUGUUAAAAAUAUUUGUAUAUUUAUAUUACAAUUUAAAAGGUGGUUUAUUUUUAUUUUUUGAAUUCCACAAUUCCAAAAAUAGUGCCAGUGGCCCAAAGAUUGAACAUCCAAAGGGAAAGAAUGACAAAGCACCUGAGAAGCCUGAGAACAUUAGGUUAUCAAGGUUUGCAGAGGACUAUAGCAUCCUCACCAAAAUUGGUACAUAAGCCAGGGACUCUUGCAAAAAGCCCAGCUUAGCUCCUUCCUUGGGUGCAUUGAAAUCCCAUGCAUAAGCCCUGCUGGCCUCUUAAAACUGUCCCUUGGGCUGGCUGGUAGACUUGCCUGCAGUUUGCUGAACCACAUAUUGGCUUAAUGAUGCGACUUCUGGGCGAGGCCUAGUGCAAGGACACAUGUGAAGGGUUCUGCCCUGGUCAUCUUGGUGACUCAAUCACAGCAGCUACUGGCUAAGAUCAGAUGUUGGGGGACUGUGGGCCUCCACCUUUGUUCUCUGGAAUCAGUGAGGUUUUUGUUUUUUUAACAUGUUAAUGUUUUUGACUUGACCUUGUGGUCUUUUUCUGGCAACAACAACUCGGCCUAAUUGUUUUAAAGGCAAAAGUAGCCAUUUAUAAUGGCUUUACCACACGCUUUAUUUGGCACUUUGGUAGAGAGACAAAGUUGAUGAACUCAGGCUUUUGUUCUUGGGUGGGGGCUGUAUAAAUUCUGGUCACCUUCAGCCAGUGGUGAUGUUUCUCCUUUUUGCAGCUGUAUAGCAAUUGCUCUACCUUUUCUUUUGCUUCCUUCCUAGUCUGUUCUGUCUUGGAGCCCAUCCACCCUUAUCCAGAAUUCAGACUCAGCUUCAACAGCCUACCACCUGAGUGUGCAUUUGUAUGUGAGUGCUAAUGUCAAACCCAGCUGGUAACACCUUCCUCUGGCCUGCUGUUUUCUUGAAAUGAAUGUGGGCAGCACUUG